AUGGAGGCUCCGGUGGCCCCGGGCCCCGAGCGGCUCUUCGAUUCGCACCGGUUUCCGAGUGACGGGUUCCUGCUGCUGGCCCUGCUGCUCUACGCGCCCGUGGGGCUCUGCCUGCUCGUGCUGCGCCUCUUCAUCGGCGUCCACGUCUUCCUGGUCAGCUGCGCCCUGCCCGACAGCCAGCUGCGACGAUUUAUCGUGCGUGUCAUGUGCUCAGUUCUGGGCCUGUUUGUGCGGCAGAAUGACCCGCGGCUCCGCGACGGCAGCGUGCGGGUCUACAUCGCCAACCACGUGACGCACUUUGAUCACAACGUCAUCAGCCUGCUGACCUCGUGCAACACGCCUGCACUGAACGGUGCCCCUGGCUUCAUCUGCUGGUCGCGGGGGUUCCUGGAGCUGGGAGCGGCGGGAAGCCGCGCGGAGCUGGUGGAUUCCCUGCGGGUCUAUUCGUCCCACGAAGGCAACGCGCCGCUGCUGCUCUUCCCCGAGGAGGCCGCCACCAACGGGCGGGCGGGUUUGCUGCGCUUCAGCUCCUGGCCCUUCUCCAUCAUGGAUUUGGUACAGCCAGUUGCCCUGCAAGUUCAGAGACCUUUGAUCACUGUGAGCGUGGCCGACUCCUCCUGGAUUGCAGAGCUUCUCUGGACCUUCUUUGUUCCCUUCACAGUUUAUCAAGUAAGGUGGAUGCCGUCUGUCCCCAGGCGGGCUGAAGAACAGAGUGAAGAUUUUGCGCUCCGAGUUCAGGAGCUCCUCGCCGUGGAGCUGGGUGUGGUAUCCACACGGCUCACCGCAGCAGACAGAGCCGAGCACAUGAAGAGACUGCGGCACACGGCACUUCUCCCCUUUGCCCCAGCCUCAUCCCUGGCAGCCAGGCCCAGGGUGCCUUCCCGCGUGGCUGGUGCUGGCCCCUCGGCCGCCGAGGACGUGCGGGUCACGGCGAUGGCGCAGCGGGUCAAGGAGGUGCUGCCUCACGUGCCUCUGGAGGUCAUCAGCACAGACCUGGCCCAGACCAAUUGCGUGGAUACCACCAUUGCCAACUUGCUGGAGGGGAGAGUGUCCUUCUUCCCUGAAAGUAAGGAGGCCACCACAGACCUGCCUGCCCCGUCUACCUCCCAGGCUGCAGCAGCUUCUGCCUUCCAGGGCUCCAUGGCUGUGCCUUCCUCCAAGCCAGCUACAAAGCAUUUUGCAAAGUCCUCUGUGGAGCGGCAUCUGUCCUUGCAGGAGCGGAAACGAGCACUCUACGACUAUGCCAGGAGGAGGUUCGCCGAGAAGCAGGCGGCGGCGCGGGCCGGCGGCAGCCCCUGACCGCGGCACCGCGAGCGGAACC